AUGUCUACAGAACCGAAGAAAGCAGAUCAUCUCUGCGUCCUCGUGCAUGGUCUUUGGGGAAAUGCAUCACAUCUGGACUAUGUCGCGUCAGCUGUGAAAGAGCGCUACGAUGAAGACAGCGUCUACGUCCACUGCGCACAGAAUAACAGUGGACACUGGACGUAUGAUGGUGUCGAGGUGGGCGGCGAGCGCCUCGUACAUGAAAUCGAGGAGACGCUAGACCGGUUAGAUCAGAAGGGGUACCAGAUCAAAAAGCUCAGCAUUGUCGGAUACUCGUUUGGUGGACUGGUGUCUCGAUAUGCCAUCGGCCUAUUACACGCGUCUGGAUGGCUAGACAAGCUCGAGCCAGUGAACUUCACCACAUUCGCCACACCCCAUGUGGGCGCCCGCACGCCGCUCAAGGGAACCCUAGGCGACAUAUACAACACUCUGGGAUCUAAGACCGUGUCAAGGUCGGGUCAACAGAUGUUCAUGGUCGACACAUUCCGAGAUACAGGUCGACCUCUAUUGAGCCUCUUGGCAGAUCCAUCGAGCAUUUUCAUCCAAGGGCUAAAGAGGUUCCGGAAUCGCUCCGUAUACGCAAACAUCGUCAACGACCGGACAGUCUUGUUCUACACGUCCGCAAUCUCAAAGACCAAUCCCUUUGAGGACCCGGAGAAGGUCCGUAUCAACUAUGCUAAGGGGUACGAUGACGUGAUUAUCGAUCUGGACAACUAUUUGCUGCCCGAUAAACCAAAACAAUCAGAUGCCGCAGAACCGUCACAAUUCUGGAAAAGGAUCAAGAAGAACGCCUACCAGGUUCCUCUCUGGAUUGUUGUCGCACUGGUGGUGCCCCCUGCCAUUACGAUCUUCUUCGCCAACGCGGCGGUGCAGACAUUCCGCAGCCAGCGGCGUAUCCGCCUACAUUCGGAGGGUAAAAACGGCCUGCGUUUCGGAAGAUACAAAGUCCCUCUCGUGGUACAAAAUGUCCAGCAUGUGAUGGAAGAAGCCUACGAGACUGUGGGUGCUCAUCAAGAACCGGACUACCUCUCCGCCACCGAGGAGGACGAGCGAUCCAAGUCGGCAGUCCCAGAGCAACAGACUAAGUUUGAAGGUCAGGACCGCUCCGGGUCCGAUUCAGCACUGGAUGAAGAGUCGUCAGGGGAUGCGCACGAGGGGAAACAUCUUCUUGGGCAUCAACCAACUUUGGCACUGACUGAAGAUCAGUUCGGCAUUGUGGAUUCGCUCAACGAGGUCGGGUUCCGAAAAUACUGCGUCUACAUUCAUAAUCACCGGCACAGCCACGCGGCGAUCAUUGUCCGGUCGCGCAAAGAUGGCUUUAACGAGGGCAAGAUGGUUAUGAAGCACUGGCUUGAUCAUGAAUUCGAGGUUUAA